GUAAGAGUCGUAGUAGUGUAAUACGAAGUAUCAUUUUCCCAAAAACAUCAUUUUCCGUUUCCAAGUGAUUUGAUUUUUUAAGUUGAAGAGCGGAGUGACGAUGAGUCGAGGGGCGAGUAAAAGGAGCAGCCGGUUUGAUGUGUUUGACUUCGCCGACGAGGACGAGAGACUUGAGAGGGAGUCCGCGGAGAUUCUCGGCAGGUUUAAGAACCCUAAAAAAUGCCGCAACGCACCUUCUCCUGUCAACGUAUACACAUUUCUUCAGUGCUUUCCCCAGCAAAAUGAAAUUAGCAACAGAGCAAUUGAUCUUGACGUGGAAUGUAUGAAUGGCAGCAGGACUAAGCAAAAGGAAAUCAACACUGGACCAAUUGAACUCGACGCUGAAGUUACAGAACAUCAAUUUUUGCAAUGUCGCAAGACUCAGGAAAUGAAAAAUAUCGAUGGACCAAUUGACGUUGAUGUUAAAGAAGUGCAAGUGAGCAAGACUGCACAAAAGGGCAGUAGAUAUAAAUUUGGAGACACUAGUGCUAUUGUUACAGGUCAGCAAUGCAUAAUUCCUGCGUACUAUCCUGUGAACAUGAGGCACGAGGAGAUUUUUGACUUGGAUACUUCUUUGCAGUCUUUUUCUACAAACUAUGAGAAUGGGCAAGUUGCUAUAAUUUCGGAUGAUGAUGGCAGGAUAGAAAUGAGUUCUUCAUCAGCUUUUGCUUCUUCUCAUGUAGAGUGUGAAGAUUCUCCAGAGGAGCAACUUUCAGUUCAUGGUUCUGAUGGACAUGCAAUUGAAACAGAAAAUGUGAAAGUUGUCAUUUCCCCUGAUUUAAUGCUGUAUAGAGGUACAAAUUGCACAGGGUGUCAGUUAACUUUUUCAGAAACCUCCCUCAAGUUUGAGGGCUUGACUGUAAAUGGGACCAGGAAAAAAUUUAGUUUUGAACGGACUGUUGGUGAUAUCAUCAGUAUUGAUGCAAAAUGGUAUGAGACGGUUCAAACAGCCAUUAUUAAUCUUGUUCUACAAUCAAAGAGUUCUAAAAGGGUUGCAAAUGCAAAUGAAACUUCAGCCAUUGAGUUGUUGGAGUUUGUAGUUUAUGAUCCAUGUUGGUCUGAAAGGCAGGAAGCAAUCAAAUCAUUGAGUCUGAAAUACAAGGAUAUGUGGAACACUAUUUCAGAUGACAAUGCAGAAAAUGUCUUCAUGGGACAGCAUAGCAGUUUUCAUGAAUGUUUUAAAGAAGUUAUCUAUCCAAAAGGUGAUCCUGAUGCUGUUUCAAUUAGCAAGAGAGAUGUUGAACUUCUACAGCCAGAGACUUUCAUCAAUGAUACCAUCAUUGACUUCUAUAUUAACUAUUUGAAGAAUAAAAUUCAACCUGAGGAACAACAGAGGUUUCACUUUUUUAAUAGUUUCUUCAUUCGCAAGCUUGCUGAUCUGGAUAAAUGUUUAUCUCGUGCUUGUCAAGCCAAGGCAGCAUUUCAACGUGUUCGUAAAUGGACAAGGAAGGUGGAUAUCUUUGAGAAGGAUUACAUUUUCAUUCCUGUAAACUACAGUUUUCAUUGGAGUUUGAUUGUCAUCUGUCAUCCUGGUGAAGUGGCCAAUUUCAAAGAUGAUGAAACUGAAAAAUUACUUAAAGUCCCUUGCAUAUUGCACAUGGAUUCAAUUAGAGGAAGUCAUAGAGGCCUCAAAAAUCUUUUUCAGAGUUACUUAUCUGAAGAGUGGAAGGAGAGGCAUAGAGAGGCAACAGAUGAUGUUCCUUCAAAAUUUUUACAUAUACAGUUUGUUCCCCUAGAGCUGCCACAACAGGAAAAUUCAUUUGACUGUGGCCUUUUCUUGCUGCAUUAUGUGGAACUCUUUCUUCUGCAAGCACCAAGUAACUUUAACCCUUUUAAGAUAACGAGAUUCUCCAACUUUCUUAAUAUGAAAUGGUUUCCACCUGCCGAUGCUUCUUCGAAACGCUCUCAUAUCCAGAAAUUAAUUUAUGAAAUCCUGGAUGAGCAAUCUUGUAGUUCCACGUCAGCUGAUAGCAUUUUUAAGUGUGCUUCCUCCCUCUUACCCAGUGGAAGGAAGCAAGAAACUGGAGUACAAUUUUUUGAGCAGAUUGGCAGUUCAAGAAAAACAUGUCAUGGCCAUGGCCAUUCCUUAAAUUCCGAUAUUAAGCAAGGGUCUGAGAAUUUUUCAUUCUCUGCUGCAUCUCUUCCAAUACAAGGCUGUAAAGAUUCAGGAUUGGAAAUUCUUGAGUGUUAUGAGGUUGGAAUUUCUGGGGGAUUGCUCUCCCAUGGAAAUUAUCAACAGAUCAAUACACUUAGUCAAAGAAAUGCCAUGUCAGCUAUAGAGGAAAUAGAGGAGACGAGUGAAGAAAUUGUUGCUGAUUCACCCUCAGAUCUAGAUGGUCAGCAAGUUGCUGGACUGGUAAGUGAACCUCGCUUAUUCAUGCGAUAUCCUUGCAAAGAUAUUAGAGUAUUGAGGACAUCAUGGAACCAACAGAUGCCAUUGCAUAUCGAGGAUUCCGCUUUUGACAAGCAUAGUGAUUCAUCAGAGAUAAGGCUAGAAGAUGAUCAACAUCUUCCAGAGUUUGAGGUAUCUUCCCAACAUAGGAAAACUGAUGAACCUGAAUCUCCCUCAACCCCAAAUGAAGGUUACUCUGAUUGUAUUGUUGAAGAUUCACUAGGGUCAAGUGGUAUGCACGAUGACAUUGAGAGUACAUGUUCCCCUUCAUCCUUUCAGAGGGACAUUUCUGCUCUAUCCCAUCAAGAAGCAGAUUUGACUGGAAAAGCUGAUCUUAAAGCAAGUAACAUGCGAAAGAGAUCAUGUACAGGAAGGGGAUGAGCCGCCAAUCACAAAAGUUUUGAAGGUAGGUAUGUACUUCUCGGCCUAGGAAGGCACUGACAUGAAGCCUGUCGAAAGAGUUGCAUUGUGAAUAGUGUUAUUAGAAGCAUAAAUGUGGUUGGAAGGGCAAUUAAACUUUCUGUCCAGAUGUAAAAAAGGAAAGGGGAGGGUUUUAAACUUUAGAAUGUUUCCAGUGCCAACUUAUUGGAAAUUGUAAAAAGGUAUACUAGUUUUUGGCAAGUGGAAACCCUUGAGAAAUUGUUAUCCGAUUACCUUUGUUAUGGCUGCAA